AUGGCAACACGUUUAGCUUUCUGUUUUGUAAUGCUUAAGAUUGUAAUUGCAUUUGCAGAGACACCAUCCACCUUGAAUGAAACAUGCGCAGGGGACAUUGGCUUUGUUCUGCAAUUUAACAUUUACCAAGAAAGCUGCCCGGAGGCUGAAGCUAUCAUCUUCUCUUGGGUUGAAACUGCAAUCUCUCAGGACCCAAGAAUGGCAGCUUCCCUACUUCGUCUUCAUUUCCAUGAUUGCUUUGUUAAUGGUUGUGACGCUUCAGUUUUGCUGGAUGAUAGUGGAAAUUUUGUGGGUGAAAAAACAGCACCACCCAACUUGAAUUCGUUGAGAGGAUUUGAAGUCAUCGAUGGAAUUAAAGCAGAACUAGAAUCUGUUUGUCCUCAAACAGUGUCUUGUGCUGAUAUUCUUGCCAUUGCAGCUAGAGAUUCUGUCGUUCUGUCAGGAGGACCGAGUUGGGAGGUCCACAUGGGUAGGAAGGACAGCUUGAGUGCUAGCAAAUCAGCAGCCACAAACAAUAUUCCAGCUCCAAAUUCUACUGUGGCUACCCUAGUGACCAGCUUUCAGAAUGUUGGCCUCUCACUCGAUGACAUGGUUGCCCUCUCUGGUGCUCAUACCAUAGGAAAAGCUAGAUGCACAACCUUCAGCUCUCGGCUUCAAGGGACUGCCAACUCCAAUGGCCAUGAUAUUAAUUUGGAUUUCAUUCAAUCGCUGCAGCAGCUGUGUUCAGAACCUGACAGCACCUCAAUUCUAGCACACCUGGACUUGGCGACUCCAGCGACAUUUGACAACCAGUACUACCUUAAUCUACUUUUGGGCGAGGGUUUACUUCCGUCCGACCAGACCCUUGUGACCGAUGAUGACCAAACACGCCUGAUAGUAGAAUCCUACGCAGAGGACCCCUUUUUGUUCUUUGAGGAUUUCAAGAAUUCAAUGUUAAAAAUGGGAAGCUUGGGGCCACUGACUGAGGCUUCUGGGGAGAUCCGCACCAACUGUAGGGCUGUUAAUUAA